AUGAGCAUAAUUCAACGUACAUAUUCUCCUCAAUGUACGGAACCGUCAAAGAAUAUUAAAUCAACAAUUGCAUUAUUAGAUAAAACAACUCAUGAAUGGCAAAUUAAACAUAAAAAUCUCAAAGAUCAAUUAAGUAGAAAUGAAACUCUAUUACGUUCAUAUAAAAAGGAAAUUCAACGUUAUCAACAUCUACUACACGAAGCUGGUUUGAUUCAACCUGUUCGAAAACGUCGUUAUAGUUCGAGUGAUAUAGAUAAUCCUCCUACAAUUGAUUUUCGUAAAUCUAUCGUACAUCAAAAUAAUGAUUAUCUAUUGAAUCAUUAUGGUAAUACGAAUCAAGUUGACGUGUUGCAUGAUCAUAUCAGUGCAUUAAAAAAUAUAGUGCAAAGUCACCGAAAAUAUAUCCAACAAUUGCAAACACGUGUACGAAUAAAUGCACCCGAUAUUAUUCAUUCAUCAACAACAUUAGAAAAAGAAACGGAAAAAUUAAUUGAUGUUAAUAAACAGUUAGAAUCGACAAAUAACGCCUAUAAAACUGAGUUAGAAUUAGUAAAAGAUGAAUUUAAAAAAUUAUAUCAGAAUUUUGAACAUUAUCGUACACAAUUGAAUGAAUACAGUACAGUUAUAGAUGUACAACGAAAACAAAACGAAAAUUUAACUGCAAGAUUAACAAAUUCAUAUCAUAUUUUAAAGAAAUGUGGUGUUCGUAGUCCAGUAUUAACUGAUUUAUUUGACACAGAAUUAUUACAGAAAAAUCAAUCGACAAAAGAUUUAACCGAAGAACGUAUUGAUAAUUUUAGUAUUGACCUUAUUACAUCCGAUGAAAGAUGGCAGCCAAAACAACAAACAUCAUUAGUUGUACGCGAUACUACGGUGGACAAUAAAGAACGACAAAUACAAGAGCUAAGUCGUCAAUUAUCUUCAGCUAAUCUACAACUUCGUGACUCAAAAGCAACUAUUGAACAGAUUGAUGCACAAUAUCGUCAACAAAUUAGCGAUUUGAAAUCAAAAUUUGAGUCAAAUAGCAGCAAAUAUCAAUUCGAAGAAUUACAGGAACAUAAUCAACGAUUAAGUGUUGAAACAAAAUCAUUAAGAAGUGAGAUAAAUAAUUAUAAAAUAUUAGUUGAACGUUAUAAACAACAAGUAUCCAUUUUGGAAAAUAGAGUUCAAACGAUGAAUGUAUCAACGGGUGCUGGUGAAAUAACUAUUCGAACAACAGAAAUGACUGAAUUAUUAAAUGAAAUGAGACAUUUACGAACAGAUCUUGAACGUAGUAUUAAAAAACAAACAGAUUUACAAGUUAUAUUAGAUGAAAGUAUGAAACAAUCACGAACAACAAGAGAAUUUACAUUUCAAGGAAAAGGUAUAUCGUAUCCCGAUCUUCGUAUACUUGAUGGUUCUCUUAUAUAUGGUGAUACACAACGUUUAAGUUUAGUAGCAGUAGAUAAUAGACGUAUAAGACCAAUUGGAUCAUCAACAACUGAAAUUAGUGAAAUUGAGAGAUAUCACGGUCAAGAAAUGUUACCAGGUAAAAUGUAUAUUGUGGGUGAAAUAGAAGAUCAUUCAACAUUAAGACAAAUAAUAAGCGAUAUUAAAACUGAACUAAAAUCAAUCGAAUCAGACAUAAACGAUAAAUCAACAUUAAGACAAUGUUUACAACGUCUUGAUGACUGUUAUCGAAUAAUUGAUCUUUAUUGGAAAGCAUAUUUACCCGUUAAAGAUAGUAAUGAUGAACAUCACUUUACUGAUCAGACAUUUGGAAACGAAAAUACAGAAUAUAAAAGAGUAAUAACAAAAAGUAGUAAUGAUUCUCAACGUUCAAAACAAAGACGUAGAGAACAAACGAGUUAUAAUAAAGAAGUUUUAUCACACCUAGUUGUAAGUAACUAACUGAUCUAUUUAUUAAGUAUAAAAAAUCGCAUUAAUUACGAUCACAUACAUAUAUGUAAACAUACACACACACAUACACUCUCUCAUCAAAUUUUCUAUUUUAUUUAUUUGAUAAAAUUAUCCCAAAAUUCUGCAACAAUUUUCUCUGUUAAAUAAUUUUCAGAAAGAGAAUCGUAAAAAAGCACAUACGAGCAAUUAUUUGGCAUUAUUACGUAAGUGAGAUUAUUUUUUAAGUGUUAUCACUCUGAGUAGGCAUGUGUUUGUUUGCAUUUGUUUGUAUAGUUUUACUAAAAUAAUUCCGCAUUUCUGUAGUAUAUAAACACAUAAUAAAUGUUUGCGUUUUCUUUCACUUUGCUGGUUAUUUCAUCGUGUUCAUAUUCUUGUUUGAUUUUAACAUGUUUGCAUUGAAUAAUAUUUGUUCAAAAAACAAAAAAAAAAAAUGAAUCAUCUACUUUUUUUUGUGUGUAAUACUGAUCACUCGAAGAGAUCUAAAAAUAGUCAUUCUGAUUAUAUGACUCAGCUACACACACACACUUUCACUUGAAUAUUUCGUAUUUUUAUAUCGAAGGUAAUUAACGGCGAAGAUGCACUAACGUGUUCGAGUUCAAUGCAUUAAUAUUUUUCUUUUAGUACUUUAGCAUAUUUUCAUUUUUUUACAAAGAUAUUCACUUUAAGUUGUAGUUAGUAAUUAAUAGCCAACUUCUUUUCUGCCUGGGCAUCUCAUGUGUAGAUGAUAAAAAAUGGUAUUAUCAAACAAAAGUCAGAAUGAUAUAAUGGGAAUUUAUAUUCUCGAUUUCGUUCUGGUUCAAGAUUAAAGCUUAAACCAACAACGAAACACAAAAACACAAUAAAAAAAUACAC